AUGUCAGACCACGACGACCUAGAGUUCAACAGCGAUGACGACGAUCUCGCCACCUUCACUUUCCAAGGUGCAGCCCGACAAGGCGAUCAGGACGAGCCUCGCCCAUUUGAUCUUGCGGAUGUGCCUGCCUCAGUUGAGGCAGAAGAUGCCUUGCCACAGAGCGACAUCUUCGAGUGUCUCUUCAUGAGCCAGGAUAAUUCGCGCCCUGCAGGCCGUACAUGGGAACAGACCAAGGUACAGCCCAUCAGCUUGUCCACCCUCGCAAGAACUUUCAAAAAGGGCGACAAAGCGACUGCAAUCAAUUUGCUCCAUCGUCGUUCUGUUCUUCGCCUCGACGACGACUUUUACUAUCCUAGCGAUGACGAGAUGUUGGCUUGGGACGCCUCCCAGCAUUUUCUUGAUUUCUGCCUCGUCGUAGGAGGCUCUGUUGGUUUGCACGCCUUGCUUCCGAACAAGGUGGUCGACCACACCUUCUCCAUCGCCCUCAACCUUUGUCUUCCUACUCGUCUCUUUCGCCCCAAAUUUGGCAAGUUAGGUUUUGAUCCAACGGGCUGCAUGAUGGCUCUUGGAACCGGUCCUUCAUCUGAAUUAUGGCUGGCUUUUUGCCCUCGGGAGAACUUGGAAGACAUCGACAUUGCUAACGACGUCUCCCUUCUCAGCGAAAGACAGCACGGCGACACGAGGCUCUCAUCGUCUCACUUUCGCAUGGCCGUGAUGUUCCUCGCUUACGCUCUCUCAAAAAACCCGUCUCUAUCCAUCUACGUUAUGCAUCACUAUGGCACCGACGACGACCUCGCCGCAUGGAGGAUCAAGGACGUGUCAAACAUAUACUCCCAGGGCACUUGGAACUUGCGUUUGAAUGAUUUGCAAGCACUCCACAACACCAUAGCUUCUGAUUGGGAUGAUUGGGUGGCCGCAGCCCCAAGGUCCUGGAAGCACGAUGGUUGGCUCCUGAGUCGUGCUCCCAUCGCUGUCUCUUGUCGCUACGGUCAGAAUCAACCAAUCGCUGCUGCUAACGACCGUACCCAUGCCAUAGAAGCUAAGAACUGGCAUGCAGAAAGAUCUUACGCCAACAUAAGAUACGUGUCAGUUGCUAUCGCCACAGACAUCACGUACGUCCUCUCAAUGUUUUUGGGUGUCUCAUCCUCCCUUCUACCUGCCCAAACACUUACUCCUUGUAUUGAUAGAUGCACGAGGGUCAAACGAUGGUCGGAGGUCCCCAACGACGAGAUCAUCCAAACGCAUGGCGUGGUGUACGACUCUCCAGACCCUGACAUUCGUGAGGAAGUAGAUCUCGACGAUCUCCCUCAUCGUGAUCCUCUCACCCGUCGUGAGAACAAUGUUUACGAUGAGGACGGUCGUCGCAUUCCUCGGUUGCAUGGCAAGACUCGUCGCAAUUCAAAACCAUGCGGACUCCUCGUCAACUUGGAGACAAUAUCCGAGUUGUUUUCCUCCUACAUUCCGGACCAUGGAGACAUGACCAUGGACCAAGAUGCCUAUGCAGGAGAAGAGGACUCCCUGCCGUCAGUCUCAGUCUUCCCUCAGGCUUUCCUUCGUACAAUGGGCCAUAUUCAAUGCGACGCUGUCCUUCCUCAUUUCGCUCCUUUCAUAUCUGAUAUAAGGCAUGCCACUUCCCGCAGACCUCGCACCGUUAACCUGGACGACGACCAACCUCUCCCUGACGAGUAUGAUCUCUUCGGAGAUGCUGUGGAUGGCAUCAAUGGUGUUCCCCCCGUAGUCAUUCCCAGCGCCUGUCAGUUUUAUAACGAGAUCUCUCAUCGCAUCCGUCCCUCCGCUGCUCUUCAUGACGUCCAACAAGGACGUAUCACUUCUGCUCUGGCGGGCGCAUAUGGCAAUGCUGCCACUAAAAUUACUCACAACACUCGAGUCCGUGAAUGCACCAUGAGUCUUCCCCAUCAGCGAUAUGACAACAAAAUCGGCCUCGACGACGUUCCUCGCGCCUUGCGUCUCGAAAAUAUAUACAUUAUUCAAUGUGAUUCCAUAAAGCCCGAGAAACGCAACGGAAUGUCAGCUCGAUCUUGUUUUUAUUUUUUCCUGCUUCCUCAAACAUUUUUUCAUUCAGGUCGAUUCUAA